AUGAACAAGGGACACAUACCUGCAUGGAAGCGGUUGGGACUGAAGCUCAAGCACGCCAAAGAAGAGCCUUCUUCCACUCCAACCAAUGGUCGUGCACUUAGAUUAGAAGAUAUCGGCGACGGACCUCCCAGCAAGAAACGCCGCGUCGAAUCAAAACAGACCGCAGCUGCUGUUGCGUCGGCAAAUGGUGCUCGUGAAGAUGCACCAAACUCAGAGCAUUCGUCCAAGAAAGUCAGGAAGCAAGUCUCUUUCACAGCUGACACGAAAGCUACUGACGGCGACACUGCCGUAUCGAUCAUUCCGUCUGAGGUAGUCGAAGAUGUGUUUCAACAAUCGUCGGCCACUAAGAAGGCCAAGAAGCAGAAGCAGCGUUCUACGCAGCCUUCCCCGAGUAAGUCUCAGGGCACGCUUGACUAUUUGAACCAAUUCUACACAUCGCACUCAACCUGGAAGUUCAACAAGAAUCGCGAGGUGUGGAUCCUCAAGCAUGCUUUUUCCACCUCGGAUAUUCCGCCUUCGCACAACAUGGCUCUAGCUCAAUACAUUCACGGACUCAAAUCCUCAAACGCGCGAGACCGGCUACGCUCAGACUGUGCAGAAAGUCUAGAUAGGACUUCGGAAGGUCCAAAUUCCAGUUUUGUUUCUCCCGCCGAAAUCGCGGAAGAUGUCCUUUCAGCCUUUCCCGAUACUGUCCAAGCGGACGAUAGUCACCUGAGCCUGGAGAUGCAAGGGGUUCCUCGUUCCAGGUUAAUCCUAUGGGCUCUCGAUCCGAGCAAGACUACUUCUGAGCUACAAUCUGAACCUCCGCAGGAACCGGAGGCUAUUAAUGGUGCGUCGGUUGCUGCGCCGCAAAAGAAGCGCAAGAACCGUACAGCAGUGGUCGAAUACUCGUCGAGCAGUUCCAGCUCAAGUGAUAGCGAAAGUGACAGUGACAGCUCCAGCGACGACAACGGUGAGAACGAGAGCACUUAA